CGCCGAUCCUGUGCGCCCGUGGUCCGCUUCGUCUCGUCCUCUCGUCACGUAAUCCGUCGUCGCCGUCGCCGCCGCCGCCGCCGUAGCCGUCACCGCCGAAACCUACGAGCCGUUUACCGACAACGACUCGCCCGCCAAACCGCCGCUGCAGCCCGCAGGCCCGGCAGUAACACCGCGACGACGACGGCCCGACCGCGCACAGUGUUCGAAAUCGCCGAAAUAUAUUUACAACAUUGUUGUUAUUACAUAAGUUUGUUCGGUCCCGUUCCGUUCUCGCCGCCGCCGCACGACAACAAAUCGCGACAACAAAACACCGUGCCGCCCGCUCGUAACGCAUUCCGCACGUAGCGAUGCUGCGCCCGAUAACAGUGGCCGCGGCCGCCGUCGCGUUGGUGGCGUUCCUCGUCGUUCAAGUCUCCGGCGCCGCGUACACCGCGAUCACCUGGGUCAGUAUAUCCGUUGCUUUUGUCGGCGCCGUUUCUCGCGCGCUCUUGUUUUCCGGCGUGCCCCACGCCCCCCCGCACCAGAAAUACCGGGUACCCCUUAGGCCCGCCCCUCGGACCUCGGGGGGUGUCACCGUGACGGCUACAUUGUUCGAAAGAGAUUCGAUACCGUGAACGCCGAAAAUCGCCGAGAGUUUCGCCGGACCGUUGCGGGCCGCCCCGUGACGGCGUCUUACGAAUGUUCGCGGUCCGUUUCGAAACCGCCGUGGCCCGCAACGGGACCGUAAUAAAUUAUUACCAGCCUUGGGUGGUCGCAGUCCAUUAUUAUUAUUAUUAUUGUUGUACACCUGCGGAUACGCGCACGCGUGUUUCGGGUGAGACAUGUCAAAUUGAUUUACCCGCGACAAACGAUUUACGCCGUGUAUUGUGUUUUAGGUGACGAUUGGGGGGGGGAGAGGCAGGGGCAGGUACUCGUACGGUUUUCCGUGUUUUCGACCCCCUCCGCCGCGUCAUGUUAAUAUCGUUCACACUUGUAUCCGGAAACGUGUUCCGUAGCCGAAAACCGUUUUUGCGUGAAACGAAAAUUGGUAUUUUGCGUUUGCCGUGCCGGAUUUUAAGCUUCUGUACGUUUUCGGGGAAUUGUUUUAGUUUUUUUUUUUUUUUCAAUAGAACUAUAAAAGCGUUUCGCGACCGAUCGGUAAUCGCGACACUCUACGAGAUUUCUAAAUACACGCGGGCCGAUAACUUUUGUGCCCAGAACAUUAUUUAAUAACGGGCGAUCGCGUGCCCGAUCAAUACCUGAAGACGUUAUUGAAUUAUUUCAAAAGCCGAAAAGUCGCGUGAAAUAAUACAACAACAAUGGCGACUGCUGCAGUCUCGGCCCGAACCGUCUCCAUGUUACGUGCAUAAGAAAUAAAACUAAAAAUCGAUUUUUUCGCGACCCGAUGGCGGCUCAGGUCGCGGUAACCGUAGCGGUCGCGUUUACAGCCGUGUUUACUUCAGUUUUAAACUUUUUGGCUUUGCCGAUUAAUAAAUUAAUCUCCACGCGAUUUCCGAAUAUUUUUUUUUUCGAACGGGCCGCCGCCAGAACACAUCUGAAGUUUUCUUCCCGUGGCCGUGUUACGUUUUCGGGCGAUAACCGCGCGCGCAUUCAACACGCUUCGAAUCGGGGGGGGGGGGCGCGCAACUGUCUGCCUUGCCUACUUGCUCAUAAUGUUAUUUGUUUGUGUGGUUUUCAGGAUCAUUUGUUCAACUACCCGCAGAAACACGCACCGGGUCGCGGACGGCCGAGCAGAUACUGCGCGUCGUGCGGUAAAUAUGCCACAUUACAUUAUAAACGCAUAAAAAUCCGCGGUUGCUGCGCACGCGACGGACUAAAACAACAGUCGAACUUGCGCGCGCGUCACGGCACCGGGACCGGGGAGACCGACAAGACGUCUCCGGUCGGUACGAUUUUCCGGCGGUGUGGGGGCGGGGGACAGUUGAAACACUCCGGCGGUGUGUUGCCGUCGCGCUAAAGCAAAAUAAACCAGACGUCUCCGUUUGCGUGACAACUCUGCGUGUUUUCGAAAAUCGGAUCCGUCCGGUUGUCACGCCGUACAACCGAUUUGAUUUUUUUCCCCCUUGAUAGCGUCCGAUCGAAAAAACUAAUUUCGACAAAGUCGGAGGUGUCUUGUCGUUGCUCCCGGGUCUAUCGCACACUCGACGACAAUUCUCGCCGGGACAAGCGUGUGUUCGGUCGUUUGCUAAUCGUAUCGGUGCACGAAUUAAAUAACAUCAUUGCUCCGCUUUACACCGAGAUCGAACCUCUUGUCGGCGAACGGCAGUAGGAACUGUUUAUCUAAAAUAAACGUGAUUAUAAGCGUAAAAGUGUCUAUAAAAAAAAAAAAAAAACCAGUAAAGAAAUAAUUCAUAAGUAAUAUCCGUUAAAAUUAUAUGAUGGUAUUAUCACGAGGGAACUGCACUGUCGUCCCAAGCCGAAAGUUAGUAAGCGACGCGGUUACGAUUUUUUCUACCUUUUUAAAUCGUAUCAAUGGACAACGGACAAUAAAAAAAAAUACCGCGUGUGAGUCAAUGUACUAAGGAAAAUUACCGCAUAGUGCGGUCGGCUACUGGGUGUUUGCUCGGUAUUAUGUCUGAUAUUGUUUUUUUUUUUUUUUUACUAUUUCGUAUAUAUUUUUUAAAUACGUACUAGGUAUACAUUACUUGCGUUUAACCAUCACGUUUAUUAUGCAAUCUAUUGCGGUUACGAUAUUUUCGCUGAGGAACGAAAAAAUCCGCCUUAGAAUAGUAAAAAAUAUUUUUUCCAUACAUAUAUACAUGAGUCGUAUUUCACAUUUCGUCACUUGUACUCAGGGAUGGACAAGAUACUUCAAAAUUAGUAUCCGGUUACUCGAUACUUAAAUUUCACGCGUUUAAGUACUAGGUAUUCAAAGCUCGAAUCUCGUUACAUUAAAAUGAAUCUACGAAUUACAUUUUCCACGCAUGCAAGAUCCUCGACUAUACGAUGGUUAGUAGUUUUUUUUGAAAUUUCAUACAAUUCCCUGAUUUUCUUCCAAUCAAUUUCAAUUCGUAAUGCAUUUUUCGGUAAUCGCAGAGGGUAAAUGAUUCGCUUAACUCUCCUUCGGGUGCCUAUGGGCAAGAUAAUUCAAAAUGAGCGCCUUGUAUCGAUACAAGAUAAAUUGGAUCCGGUACCGCAAUAUAAAGGACUCGGUACUUUCCAUAACUGUGCCACAAGAUACAAUCGUAUCUAUGGUACGUAAUUAAGAUACACUUGCAUUGAAGAAAACACCGCAACACUGCUUACAAUUUAUAUUUUGGCUCGGGUGUGGGUGGGCGGGACAGCGUGACCUCGAGAGUUUCGGGGAGGCCAAAUAGUAGUAAAGUCACCCCUCAGAGGCGGUGAAUUUUUCGAAAUUAUUAAUGUAUUAUCGACACUGCCGGUUUAUCGCCGACGGCCGCCCGCAGCACCGGCCGUGUCCAAACAAUAAAGUAUCCGCAAUCCCCCGCGCAGAAAACGCGGUCCCCCGGUCGGCGUUACGGUGUUUCUAAACGACGACCAUCGAGCUCAGUCGAUGUUUUCCACUGCAAACAAAAACGGAGACAAACACAAUUAUUUUAUGAUUUCGAGGGGUCUUAUUUCUCCGCCGACGGCACCGAAAAAUAAUUAAUAUUUGUCUACGUACUUUGAACGCACGUCUAUAUACUCGUAUAGUGUGUACUUUACUAGCAGUAUCGUGUGUUGAUAUUGUCGCGGGACGUAUUAUAUACAUUUAUACGUCGGCUCUAAGUACAACAACGUUAUCAUUUUAGGAUUUGUUAUUUUGUUGUCUUUUAUAAUUGGCCAUUUUCGUCGGACGACGUCGUCGUACAUCGUCCGGAAGAAACUGCACAACAAACACAGACAAUCACAUACAGAAUAAUAAUAACAAUACAACUUUUGUUGUUUUCGCGAUAAACAAAGAGAGAGAGAGAGAGAGUCAAUAUUAUAUCAGUAAGUGUGUGUGUCUAUAUAUAUAUAUAUAUAUAUGGCCCCAUUCGAAAUGUCCGAAAUAACAAACUGGAGAAUUUAAUGAUUCGUUAAACACAUAAAGGGCCGUUCAAAUGUGAAACAUUAACAAGAAAGACAAACGUACUUAAACCUCGGAAAAAAAAACAAAUUCCGUGUCGACAACUAACGAGGGUUAGCGUUAGCGUUAGAAAUCGUCUGUACGUUUUCUACGGCAUAUAUCAUAGAACCGUUUUUCGUGCAAAUGUUUAAAUUUCGAACACGUACCCGUUUAGCGGAUUCAAACGGCCAUGUUAUAUUAUCGAAGUAAAUCGUGAAAAUUAUCGAUUUACCACGUCAUGAAUUUAAAAAAAAAAAAAAAAAAAAAAAAAAUGUUAUAUUUCAUAUCGGUUAUUACUUAUUACUUUGUAUUAUUAUUAUUAUUAUUAUUACAAUAAAACGUAAUCAUAAUUGAAUAACCGUUUAAAAUUGAAUUUCGUACACAUCGGGCGCGCGCGCGGUUUAAUUGACCCGAACGGUUAUCCCGAUAUAUUAUUACAGUUAACCUUAACCUAAUAAAACAAAACAAAACAAAAUAGUCACAAUAUUUUCGAAAAAUUAUUCGCCUGUCCGGUAUCUCUGAUUAAACAAUAUACUCGUAGAAAUAUUUUCGCAAACCACCCAAACCCCUUUGUCAUAUUUUUUUUUUUUAGAAUUUAUACCGCUCACGGUUACUCUCGGGUAACGAGUAUAAUUUUAUAAUAAUCGUAUACGAUAAUUUCCAUUGAUUGUAAUUUGUGAUUCCGCGAAUACUUUUCGGUACAACGUUUUUUGAUUAUUGUUACAAUAUAAAAUAAUUAUGUUUUAAUAUCUUAUCGUUGAGAUUUUCGAACACAAAAAUCGGUAUUGUUUCGGAAACCGCGAUGGUUUUCCGAUUUCGUAUAAUAACCGGCGGGUGAUUCCUUUCCCCCCUCCUCCACCCCACCCUCCAACGAUAAUUUUGUUUUUCGUUUAUACACUCAAACUGCAAAUUAUUGACAAAUUAUAGCGCUACUGUACACUUACGGGUUCGUUUUCGUGUAACACGUUUUAAUAAUGCAUAUGCGGGCCGUCGUAUCAACUAAUAAUAUUAUACUUUGCUUUUGAUACAUUUUAUUUUAUUUUUUUAGUCGAUUUUCCAUCCGAAGAACUUUUUAAAAGUUCAUAAUAUUUCGCCCGGUAAAUGUGGCUGUUUUUAUAAUGUGUGCAUACAUAUUUAUAAAGAUAAAAAAAAAAAAAACACGAGGUUCCGUGUAUAUAUUUCCAUAAUAAAUAAUACUCGUAUAUAUGUAUAUAGCGUCGGGAUGGGGUCGGAGGGAGAAGAGAAACUUUUUCCGAAAUUUUAACAUACUAAAUCUGUCGUUUUUACCCGCCCGGUCGUCCGACCGUCCGCCCCGGCGGCCGUCGAACGGGGAGCGGGCCAGGGGGAUAUAUCCACUACCCUCCCUCCCACUCCCCGCGACUUUUCCUUUUCAAUCGUAACAAUAAUGAAAUUGAAAGUCGAAGUCGAUAAACGAUAGCCUCGGUCCUUCCAGUUUGACCGCCAAUGAUCGUUCGUCCGCCUUGAUAUUUUAACCGAGCUGUCGCUCCUCGAGUACGUUGUUGAUAACGCACACAUUUAUGCCGUGUGGGCAUACGUUUUAAACCGGCGCUGUACGUCGUUUCACACCCGGCGGAUCGUUAUUUUCCGUCACGAUUUCCAUCGCGUUAUACGUGAACGCGUUUACGUAAAUCCGGAUUAAACACUACACGAGAACGCGGCGACGGCCGUCUCCGAGUCGAGUGAGCCGGGACAAAUAAUCAAUCAAAGCGCACUGCCAAUAAUAUUUGCGAUAUCGAUUGUCAAUAACAGCGCUUUUUGGAUUAUUAUUCGGAACGACUACGCAUAAUACACACAGAGGUACGCGUAAUUUGUCAAAACUUUCAAAUAUCAAAUCAUUAAUCAUCAAUACGUAUAUUUAUACAUUUGUUACGAGAAACGCCAUUAAUAAUCGAUUUGAUAAUUUCGAUUUUCGUUUUGUCGAACGUAAUACGCCUAUACACACCGCCGUCAUAAUAUCGGAGACCCAUAAAGAAAUCUACACACACGCACACGAGUUUGAUGCAACGUCGCACGUGCGUGUGCCCUCGAAUUGAUUGCGGGGUGACGCGCGGUGAAGUUUCGGAAAAGCUCGGAGAGAAAAAAAAUGCUCGGUCGGGUACUAGUUUAGUGACGGCGUCUCGAAAGUCCUCCGCGCGUUCGAACCGAUAUACGCAGCAGAGAGAGAGAGAGAGAGAGAGAGAGAGAGAGAGAGAAAGCUCCCGGGACUGUAGGAAAAAGAUAACGUAAUGUAUAUUACAACUUAUGGCCAUCUACGUCCAUCCGUCGUUAUAAUAGAUGCGGAGGGCGAGAGAGAGUGAGAGAGAGAAGUUUUACAACAAACCGCAAAGAUAACCGACGAUCUCUAGAAAGGCCCGAGUACGGUUCGGGUAUACGCUCCGGGGCCUUCUCCUCCGCGGUGCGUUAUACUAUGUUUGCGUAUACUAUGUAGGCGACCUUUAAGUGAGGGGGACGCGCGGCCCAUAUAUUAAUAGUGUGUCUAAAAUAAUGGACUGCUGCAGUAUCGGUGUUAUAUUGUGUGCGCCGCACCAUAGUAUACUGAACACGCGGGAACUUUCUUUGAUCGGCCUAUGAGAUAAACGAUAUUUCACAGAAUGAAAAAAAAAACAACCUAUAUAUACAUUAUAAUAUUUAAAUAUGAAUAUGGCCGUAAUAUUUCUCGGGCGUGAUGUACGUGAUGUACGUGCGAAAACAACGCGUGGAAAUAAAAAAAAAAUAAAAAAACCGUCACGAAAACUAAAGUCGACUGCGCCUCUCCAGCGACAGUGAUAUACCGCACGCGAUUCACAACGACCGUGAUAAAUAUCGGACGUGGCCCAGCCGCGCGUCGAUGUUCUCGUAAUAUUUCCAUAAUAUUACAUUGUGACGUAAAGCGUCGAGAACGGCUCUUCUCGCGCGAAAAUCGACGUUUUGUCGAUAUUCCAGCGGCUGUCGCGACGUGCCGACGCGCGUCCGAAUCGUUUCGUGAAUAAGCGCGAUAUUUUUUAACGAGAAAAAAAUAAAAUAAAUACAAUAUUACCGCGAAUGACGGCUGCGUUCAUGUGUUUUAUAAUAUUAUGCGCACGGCGUACACGAAAAUAAUAAUAAACCGACCUUGCUUACGUGAUACGGUUUAUUUGUUUGUAUUUAUUCAUUUCGUAAUCCGUAUGGGUUAGUAGUAUACGCGCAUUCGAAAGUGGCGGCCGCGAACGUGCAGCAGUGGUUAUAACGCUGCGCUCCUGCAAUAAGAGACAAGCCGCAAGCGUGCAUACCGCUGAUAACGGACAAUCCGAAAAUCUAACGGGUUUCCCGAUUUCGCCAUAAAACCGUUGUUUUCCGCCGAUUUUUUCGCAUAUUUCGUUAUUAAUUACGUCUUGUAAGUAUUCUGCGCGCGCGCGCGUGUGUGUGCGUGUGUACAAUAGAAAAUUACACGUUUUCGUAUCCCGCCGAUAACGAUCGCGUGUACAGCAUUCUUGUUACGAUACAUUUGAUAUAAAAUGUCGGCCUUUCGUUUUCACCGAUUGUCCUGAGACAGGUGCGACGUAGGUUUUUUUUCUGUCGAUCGCGGACUGAAACAAAACACCGGCGUCCUACACUACAGGACACUGUCGUUAUUGCGUAGAGUCGAAUUUUUCUCGCCUAUUUUGUAUUACGUAGAAGUGUUUUUACUGUUGAAAAACUAAACAACCUAACACACUGUACACAAUACGAUAUUUCGCGGACGAAGAUUGCAGGGACGACGGCGCUGGACGGCUGCGACGUUUUAAAAUCGAUUUGCGACGCCAGUCUACCGGGUUUCUAACGGUUUUCCGCCCGAACAAGCGACCGGGGUGUGUAAAUAUUACGAGAACGCGCGAAAAGUGAAUUUCCAACGAACGUCCGCUGCAGCAGCUAAUCGUCUCCGCGUGGUGGUAACAACGUGCGCACACGGGAUGGCAUCGGCGGCAGUAUCGCGGCGACAACGCGUUUGCGGGGAUUGUAAUUGCGCGCGCGGCGGCCGUAUGCGUUUAAAUGAUAAAAAAAGAAACGAGCGGAAACCUCACGGUCGGGCCCGAAAACGCGAGGAGUUUCCCCGGUAAUACGCAAAGCUGUUACGUUAAUCUCGGAACCGAGCCGCGCAUUAUUACGACAGUAGUCGCGCGUAACGGCCGAAUAAUACGUUUUAUUCACGCGGAAAUGCGAGCUCGGCCGUUUUGAACGUGAGCCGGCGCGCCGCGUAAUCACAGACAGGAGUCUUUCGGAAGUUUUGCGGUUUCGUAACGAACGGCUCGCCGCGCGAUUCCGGAAGUACGGGCGGACGAAUUCAAUAUUACCGCGCGAGUGCGCCUAGUGGCGUCCGGACGCCUCGUUUUAUCGUUUCUGGCAGCUUCGGCGGCCCGGCCACGACCGACCGACAAUUAUCGUUAUUAUCAUUAAUGUUCAAUUACCGUUACACGAUAACGAUUGUAACACACGCGGUUCCGCGCGCAUAGCGAAACGAUUCGUUAUCAACGGUGAGAAUGUUUCUGUUUUUUUUUUUUUUAUAAUAACGUACGAAAAGUGGCGUGGUACGUGUGCAGGCCCACAGCAGCGUUGAUGGGGGGGAAAGGGACGAGAACGGCAAGUCGUACGGGUGUAAACGCCUCCGGGAGAAAAUUCUCGCGAGGAAACCGUUCGGACUCGUCCGUGACCUGGAGCGGCUGGCCACUCUACGUAGCGUGGGAGAGUAGAUCGAAUGAGCGUAAUUGUUGUUAGGAACAACGAAACGCGACUAAACGCCAAACCAAAUAAAAUCUCGCGAAAUUCACCAAUCGUGUUAUUAUAAUCUCGCGGAGCAGAUCGUCUAAGCUACAUGCAUAUGUAUACCUACUGCAAUUAUAGAAGACGCGGACGAAUGCGCGCAAUUUCUAAUCAACUUCCCGUCCCUAGGUCGGCUAAACCUAUACAUAUAAUAAUAUGUGAGUGUGUGUGAAAUGUUAUUUUGUUGGUCACGGCCAAUCUCUAAAAUUAUUGAAUUGAUCGACUUGUUUACAAAAAAAAAAAACCGCGAAGCCGGUUUUACGCUUAUUUCCGCUUUUGUAAGUCAAUAAACAAACGAAUGGUUGAUUUCCAUAAACGACCGACUAAUACGCUAUAGGGAUCGAUUACGAUAAAGAAACGAAACAGGCGACUCGCUAUAAAUACCAAAAAGAAAUGUACGUGUAUAAUUAUUCGUUUGAAAAAAAAAUAAUAUUAUUAGGCAACUCGUACGAAGCCGAAAGUGUAUCAGCUAAUAUCAUAGUAACUUAGAACGUGUAUAUUACGUGUAUACUCGUCGUGGUUAGAGGUAUUUACGGUAAUAAUUAUUUGUUCUCGUUCUCCGCGUUCUCCUAUACAACACACCCGUCCGUCACACGUUCCUCCGUCGAUAUCGAUCCACAGUCCGCAAGCAGCCGUCCGCCUCGACGUUGUCGUUUUUAAAUUUUUUUUUUUUUAUUAGAAAAAAAGUACAUUUACAAUCUGUAAUAUUUUUAUACACAAUAAGUAAAUUCGGUAAUUACUCACUAGAUACUUACAACAUGAGGUAACGCGAGGAAGGAAACCCUCGUAACUUGGGUGGAUUGAAAUAAUUUUACAAAUAAUUUAUCGUUAAAUUGCGGCGACGCGCCUAUUCUAAUCGCGUUUUCCGUUCUGUUCUAUGCAAAUAUCAUAUAAACAGAGAAACCGUGUGGGGCCCAGCCGGCGGAACGGAGAUCGGCUUUCGCGAAGAUCGUCAACGGCAAAGACACGCGGGAAAACGAAUUCGGAUGGGCGGCCACGUUGUCCCGACGAGGACAGUUCUAUUGCGGAGGCACAUUGAUCACCAAAAUGCACAUACUCACUGCAGCGCAUUGCGUCGAAAAGUGAGUACCCGUACCAAUCAUACUAUCAUAGUGCGGCGUUCGCCUAUAUUUUUCCCGGUAUUCUGGUAAAAAACCCGGUAAAAAAAAAGAGAGAGAGAGAGAGAGAGAUACUAUGUUUAAAAAAGUAAUACUUUUGUUUUAACAUUUUUUUUUUUUUUUUUUUUUUUUUUAAAUUAUUCUCGGUGCUAUUCUGAUGAAAUGUCUGUGUUUUUUACUUUCAAGUUUUAACCCCAAAGAUCUCACCGUCACCAUCGGUGAACACGACCGGAAGGUCGAAACCGGUCGCAAGUCCGUGCACCACGUGGCCAAAAUCUACAGGCACCCCGACUUCAAGCUGAGCACGUUCGACAACGACAUCGCCAUCGUAGAACUCCGUGACGUCGUGUCCAUCGAGAACCCGUGGGUGCGCGUCGCCUGCUUGCCCAAGACCGGUAAGUCGUAUAAAAUUCGAACGAAAUAUCAUUUUUUCUGUUUUUUUUUUUUUUUUUGCGUAGCGUACUCGACGUACGAAGGCGAAAAAGGCACAGUAAUCGGAUGGGGCCGAUUGGGCGAACGCAAAAAAUCGUCCAACAUCCUACAAAAAGUCGACGUGCCAAUCAUAUCCAACGAAGACUGCAAGGAAAUGGGCUAUUUGCCCGAAAAGAUCACUAGUAACAUGAUAUGCGCCGGGUACAAAGAAGGCAUGUCGGACGCUUGCCAGGUAUCUAUAUAACCUAUAUAUUGAUAUAAUAACACCUAACGACAGUAUUUGUUAAAAAAAAAAAAUAUUUCCUGCAGGGUGACAGCGGCGGGCCGAUGCACAGACAUGCAGAUUCGUCUGACGUUCUGGAAGUAAUCGGUAAGCACAAAUCGAAUAUUACCUAUAAAUAAUAACCGGACGGACCUUUUUCCCUUAGGAUAGAUUAGAUAUAUAGAUACGAGUAUUUAUAUGCUUGAUAAAGUCCUGAAUGUAUGGCAAUUUUUCGGCAGAGUAAAAACAGCAAAGUUACGUCUCUUGUAUAACGGAUGAACAAAAAGAACAUCACAUUAAAAGCUAUUUUUAAAUAACUAAAAAAUCUAAAUGAAUUUCGAAAAUGUGAUAAUUUAAAAAGAAAUAAAUCAUGAACAACAACCGUUAUUCCCCGAUAAAUCGGAUAAUUCUAUAAUUCUUUUACUUCUUCAAUAACGUUUAAUAGCUCUUCAAGAACCAUUAACUGCCAGCUAAAAUUUCUCAAAGAAGUCCUUCUAUCCUUCUCCAUUCCCAAUAUACUACAAUACUGCCCAUUCUCUCCGAGUCGUCUCGAAUUCCAUCCGACCGACGCUCUCUAAGUCUUUUCUUUGGUUUUACGCGUCUAGUUGAUCUCCAUUCUAUACAUAAGUUCUCCGAUUCCGUAUCCCAUUCCAUUGAAUAUUGCAAGUCCAAACCAAAACAACAGUCGAUGCCUUUUGUCGAUAACAUUUGUUAUGUCCGGUAAUUUUAUAACGAUAUACACGUAGAUACGCGCACGUACAAUUUAUUUUAAUUACUGUUUCAAAUCGUUAAUUUUACUAUUUUACAGGCAUAGUGUCGUGGGGUAAGGGGUGCGCCAGGGAAAACUAUCCGGGAGUGUACACCAGAGUCGCCAACUAUUUGGAAUGGAUCAUGGAUCACACGGGAAACGAGUGUAUCUGCGGAGCCGAAAGUUCCUAGAAAAAAACAACCAAAAACCAUAUUAUCAUUUCGUAUUAACAUACCUCACCACUCGUCACACACGUUUUUUUUUUUCACAAUAAUAUAUUAUUAUAUUAUUAUUAUCUAUUAUUGUAUCACGUUGUAUUCACUCCGAAUUAUCGUUAUUAUGUACAAAGAUAAGGAAAAUACACGUUAUGUAUAUUUAUAUAUAUAAUAUGUCAUGUUAAUAGUAUACGUUACGGUCGCGAAUUAACCACCGAAUAUGAUUUGUUAAGCGUAAAUUAAAUAUUAAGUACGUUAUAUUGUUAAUUGUUGUUCGGCGUAAUUUUAUUAUGUAAAUAUUUGCGUAAAAUCUAGUCAACUGCACGCAGAGCUGUAUACCGAUCCGAUAUGGAAAUAAUUUAGAAAUUAAAAUUUAAUAUUCCGUUGUAUUAUAUUUAUGUAGGCAUAUAUAUAUUCAACUUGUACACAUUACAAUAAUAUCGCUUGGUGCCCAUCUAUUAUGUAUUGUAUAAAGCGUUGUUAAUUCCGUAAUGUUUGAAAUGAUUCGAAUCGAACGACAAUGAACACGAUCAAAAAACAAUACAGUGCGUUUCUUACCGAUAACUGCAGUGUCUUAUUAUUUACGAACCGAACCGAUAUGUCAACCUAUACGUGCUCGUUUAAAAAACCCGAUUCGUUCCCCCGACCGAGUCUUUUUUUUCACUCCGCCGUACUCCGCCAAUAGACACUCGUGUAUAACAUUUAAAUGAUUAGUUUUCACCGUCGGACUAUAAACGUUUUAGACAUCGCAUUAUAAAACGCAUUACAGUUCAAACGGUUUCCGUGUUGCGCCUUACAUUUAUAUACGUCUAAACCCGACUCUGUACGCCGUAACAUCGCGCGUGUUAUUCGUCAAUUAUCACAGAUUAUCCCGCAGUUAAUAGUUAACCGAGUGUAGGUUAACUGAAGCGAAUUGAAAAUGUCAAACAUUGAUUGAAUUAUCAUUUUUCUCAUCGAAAUCCUCGCAAAAUUCGUUCAAAUUGAAUGCGUUAUACAUUGUAAAUAAGUACAUAGAGUACAUAGACAGGUAUUCGAUUCUUAAGGUUAUCCGUUGAUACUACAGGUGUACUCAGUUAAUUUGUAAUUUCUUAUUCAAAUCAAUCGGUGUACGAUAAUUUAUCACGUGUAUAAUAUAUAUAUAUUGUACAAAAAUCAUCAUUUUGCGUUUACAUAUUUUACAUAAUUUAGAUAAACCGCGUAUGUCUAGAGGCAGUGAGUAGAUUGAAUGUACCGUAUUAUUUUGUAAUUUUCUCUGCGGGCCUAAACGGUCCGGUCCUCGAACCGCCAUUCGUGUUCGUUUUUUCAUGAAUCACGGACGACGAACAUUAUGCAUAUAUUAUAUAAAAUUAUAUCCGCUCGUUAUAAG